AUGGCUGCCAUUUUGGCAUGGCGCAGGGGUGGAUUCGGCGCGGUUUGCAUCAUGACUCGGCGCAGUCAGUCGCUACGCCGGCACAUCUUGACUGGCAAGGAUGCUCUUCAGAUGCAUCCCAGCGCCGUGCCACUCCUGGCUCCCAAGAACCUGCCCGAGCUGGUCCGGACAGCUUUCAACAGGGCGUGCGCCAGCGGGGACGCCAACUUUUACCCGGGCGAUAAAUCACCAGACAUAAACAUCGGCCAGCCGCAUUCAAUCCCGACCGCACUAAUGGCAAUUCAGGAAAAUGAGGAAUCCUCGUGGGCCAAGGGUCUUGCAGCCGUCUCGAAUUCGCUGGUUAAGCACACGGUUACGACGGCAUACCACGACCCCACGUACGACUUUGUCAUGCGAAGCAUUCGCACCAAGGACAACGACGUCCCUGAGGGUCUGCCGGAGCCGGAGCGUGGCGCAGAGACGUGA